CUCUCCUUUUGCGCACCAGGCUCUCUCACCCUCGGUUCUUCUCUUCGCUCACUGCGCUCUCAUCCUCCGUGCGGCUCGUGUCUCUGCCUACUCCUGUGCGUAAGAGCGCACCGAUGGAUAUGUGAAGUGAUGCACUCCUGAAAACGCCAGAUCCGAGCCCGCAGAUGCCUUUCUGGAAAGACGUGGCGAGCAGCAGAGAGCGCGCGUUGAGGAGCAGUUAGUCAGACUAAGUCAAGUGCAUUCCACGGAGAUUUGGUUUUAUUCUGCGUUUUUUUCUUUUCUUUUUUUUUUUUCUUUUGGAUGAUGAUAUGUUAGUAAAGAUGUUCAUCAGCGCGGAUGACGGUGCGUUGCUGUUUGGAUGUAUGUUUCUGGACUUUUCAGCAUAUCAUGACCGCGCGCCUUUCCUCCUCUCUCCAAGUCUUUUCGUUUCUGCGUGAAGUUGAACGGAGGGGAGAGCACAAUGAGAGGGAAAUACUUUCUCCUCGGCUUCUUGUUGCUCAAACUUAUGGCUCUGGUGUGCAAGGCUGACGGGGAGCCGGGACUGUUAGGAGGAUUCGUAAUGAUCUCGACCUCCAACGGCUCCAGGGAGGAGGAGAGCGUGUCCGAGGAGACCCCACACACGGAGGACAAAUGUCGGGGUUACUACGACGUGAUGGGCCAGUGGGACCCGCCGUUCAUCUGCAAAACGGGCAAUUAUCUGUACUGCUGCGGCACCUGUGGCUUCCGCUUCUGCUGCUCCUACAAGCACUCGCGGCUGGACCAGAGCACCUGUAAAAAUUAUGACACUCCGGUGUGGAUGAAGACCGGGCAGACUCCCUACAACAAAAUGAACAAGAUGCACGACAGCACCAAAGACAAGACGAACUUAAUCGUUUACAUCAUAUGUGGAGUAGUGGCCAUUAUGGCUCUUGUGGGGAUUUUCACCAAAUUGGGGCUGGAGAAGGCGCACCGGCCCCAGAGAGAAAACAUGUCCAGGGCCGUGGCCAGUGUGCUGCAGGGCGGGUGUCCAGGUGAGCAGUAUCGGGGGGAGGAGGCCCUGGGGAUGCAUUCCCAGCACUAUGUUUCCAGAUCCACAAACCUCCAAGGCGGCCAGAUCAACAACAAUGUGGGACCGGGCCCGAACAUGGGCCAGCAGCACCCUUACCCUGCGCUCAGUCAGCUGGCUCACGUCUACGAACAGCAGCAUCAUCAACAGCAGCAGCAGCAGCAUCAGCAGCAGCAGCAACAACAGCAGCAGCAAAACAAGGAUCUCAACAAGUACGCCUCCCUGAAGGCUGUGGCUGCCAAGUACAACGGUGAAAUCUACAACAAGCGUCGGCUGAUGGUGGAGCUGCCAACAAAGGGCGGCCUUCCUCUGCAGCCGAUGGGCAACUCCAGACCCUCUAUGGGCAACAUGUCGUCGAUGACCCCUCCGAUGACCACCAACCCCAUGGCUUCGAACCCAAUGUCCUCCAAUCCCAUGAACCCGACCAUCACCCAGAUGACUUCAAUGACCCAAAUGACGUCUAUGACACCCAUGACCUCAAUGACACCCAUGACCUCAAUGACACCCAUGACUUCCCUCGCCCCGAUGACCUCCAUGACUAUGACUUCUCUGGGUCCACUGACUCCAGAGCCGGUGGCCACCUACGUCACAGAGAUGCCCGGCAUCUCCUCCGUGUCAACGCUACCGACAGAACGGCACAUAGCUGGCAUGGGAGGAGUCGGGGGACUUAAGCCGAACGGCCAGAAACCCAAAGGCAGCCAUGGCCACGCUGCCCACAGCUCUCACAGCUCUCACAGCUCUCACGCUCACGCUCACAGCCAUAGUAGCAAGCCGCCAGGACUCGGGGCUACCUCCCUGGCACACAUGGCGGGGACCAUGCCAGGUGGCAUGUCCCUGGGCAUCUCCAGGGCUGCCGAGACCACUAUUGGCUCCAGCUCAGCUACAAUGGGCCGCCCAUUGGCAUACAGUUCCAACACAAUUGCGGCCGGGCACGGGAUAGGGAUGGGGCUGAAGGGUUGGGACGGGACUGAGACGGUGGGCCGGAGGAAGACCUACGGGCACAAGAGGCCUCAGUGUACCGUGCUGGAGCCGAACCAGCUCCACGGCAGCAGAGGCCAAAGCCACAGCCAACACUUCCUCCCCACACAGCCCUACUUUGUGACCAACAGCAAGACAGAAGUGACUGUGUGAGAGAAGAAGAAAGGGAGAAAAAGAGGGUGAAAGGAUGCAUGUGGAGCGGUGGCACAAGUAAUCUCUGCGUGGAGACACCAACUCCCUUGGGUGGUCCAAAGUGCAGAUCUGUGUGUGUGUUUGUGUGAAGAAGCUGAGGCCCGUUGGUGUACUGCUGAAUGUGGUGGGACAGUGACACUGUGUCUGAGUGGUCCUCAUUUCACAAACAGAGAGUUCACCGAUGAAAUCACUGAACAGACCUUUGUUGUCAAGAGGAUGGCAUCUGUAACCAUAACAACAAAGCGCCUAUAGAGCAGGGAUGUCUGUACACUUGUCGGUGAUUUUAGAGUAUCGUCUCACGGAUAAUAUCUACUCUGUAACGAUAACAGUAUCUGAGCAUUACAGUGCAACUACACGCACGUGAUGAGGAGGUGGGAAACUGCUGAUAAUAAAAAUGGAUUGGCUUUAUUGUACGAACCAAACCUGAGAAGCAAUAUAAGGGAUCAAGUGUAAAGCAGCAAAGUAUCAUGGGAAAGGAGAAAUACAACAAGUUUACCCAGUUCUGCUCAUCUGCCCGACAAAGCGUAGAAUGGUUUGGAAGGAAUAACGUUCCCUUAUGAUUCACCCCCAAAUCUCCCGAGGGCUUUGAAACAGACACACACGAUGAGGGCGCUGGGCUUUGGACUGCAGACAUGCAGGGCUUUGUACUGUGGCUAUUCAGAAGCGCCUUCAUAAGCUCUGCAGCUGAAGGUCGCCCUUUUUCCACAAGGCUCCGGCACAGAGAAUGGAGGCUGUCGCACUGGCAUUGUUCUGUUCUGAUCUCGUCUGUGUGGUGACAGCUGGCCGAGGGGAGGGAUAAGGAGGCAGGGAGGCAGCAUCUGGAUGAUGCUGCAGCUAGCAGAGGCUCCUCAGAGCAUCAUUCUCAUACACAUACACAUACACACACACACACACACACACACACACUCAUAGAUGCACACAUUCAGAAAUGUGCACAUGCAGACACAUGUUUUCACACAUACAGAUAAACACUGUAGAAACACCACAUACGAGAUUGACUGAUAUGGGGUUUUGAAGGAUGAUACCAAUUAUUUUAGAUUUAAGUUACGGAUGGAUGAUAAUUUAUUUAAUUAAUGUACAUUUCUUAUCUUUUCAUUAGACUGUUUAAAAUUAUGUUCAGUGCUUCCCCAACAUGAUAUUCUUGUAAGCGAAUUUAGGCCAUUGCAGUAUCUAAAACUCUCUUAUAAAGACCCCAAAAAAUUAAACAUUUGGAAACGGCAGCUGAGUCACAGUGACCCACUUUAUCCAGUGAUGACAGGGUGCAUACAAUUUCACUAACUUAAAAUUAAAAAAAAAAAAAUAGUUGAAGAAGUGGUUUCAUGAUUUGGAAAAUAUGCUUAUGUGUUUUAUUGCGGAGACUUAGACGAGGAGAACGAUGCCUCUCUCACGUUCUCUAAACUAGACACAUAUGAAGCGACAGCCAGCAGCCAGUUAGCUUAGCACAAAGACUGGAAAAAGCUAGCCUGGUUCUGUCCAGUGGUACAGCAACAAACUCAAGCCUACCAGCACCUUUUAAAGCUCACUAAUUAACAUGCUAUAUCUUCGUUGCUUAAUUCCUGGAGUCUUACUGUCACAGUGGGGUUGUCAGGCACCAAAAUGUUGAAGUGUUCCUUUAAAAAAAUGUACAAAAAACAAACAAAAAAACUGUUUUAAUGUAGCUGUGUAGGAAGGGCCUUCAUCAUAAAAUGACAUAUUUGAAUAAAGGAGCUUGUAAAGUUUUUCUAUUGUUACAUAGCUACUGUUAGCAUUAACAGCUGUUUACUCACCAGUCUUGCUGACAGCUUCAGCCAUCAUUGCGUUUCCAAUACAUUGAAGUCAUAACACGCCCCCCCGCCCCAAGCAGCGCUACUUCUUCGACGGAGCCCGGACGCUACAGUGACUCUGUAUCGGAAAGUGACGAGAUGGUCGAGGCAGACCGGAGCUAGCUGGUUAGCUAGCUAACUUCAGUAGAAGAAAACAAGUGAUAGAAAUAGAAGCAAAAACAAUUGGUUUCUGACGAGUAAAGGAAAGAAGUUCGAUACUGAACUUGCAACGUUUCUUCUAGACUGGUAAAUAAACAGCUAUGAAUGCUAACGCUGGCUAUGUAGCAAAAGUAAAACUUACAACUAGCUCCUUUAAAAUAUAUGUUUUAUACAUUAUAUAUCAGCACACGUGAGAUAUGGGCCAAUUGAGGAACUAUAUGCUGAAAAUAUUUCAUUAACUGGACCAAAUGUCAGCUGUGGCUUCUCAACAUUUUAUUUCAGCACAAAUUUCGCAUACAAUGUUCUACUCCUCUAGUUUUAGACAAAAGCAAGAAACUAUUGUGAAAAGUGGAACUAAAAAUACCAUUUUUUUUUUUUUUUUUGGGGUGGUAAUAGAAAACACUGCCACAAGAAACUAGGCUUGAUUAGAUCACUCACUGUACUCAAGCUCUGGCUGAGAAAAAAAAACAUCACAACCAGCACGAGAAAAAAAAGAAUAACUGGGUUACAUGACUCACACAUGAAAAUAAAUCCUCAAGUCUGACAAAUAGGCCAAAUCUUCCAAAGGCUCCUCUGAGCCUAUUUGCUAGUUUUGUAAUGAUGUGGUACUUAUUAGCAACUGCAGCCACUGUUAUCAUUUCAACCUUGUUAUCUAAAGAGUUGCUUCCAUCUGUAAGACCCUCUUUACACGACGCGAUUUAAGAUGCAUUUUGAAGUGAUCAGAUUGUAACUGUUGCUUAAACCAUCUCUGGAGGGGGUCAGAGAGGCAUUUGGCGUCCGUGUAAAUGCAGCUGUGUCUUAGAAAUGUAUGUGCGGGUCCAACUGAAGCACAAACAGGCGAUGGGGAAAAAAAAAAAAAAAAAAAAAAGGUGUUAAAUGUCCAUUUUAAAGCUUGUAAAUAUAAGAGGAAGAGGUGCACAUGACAAUCUGGUGGGAGAACAAGACACUGAAUUUCAGCGUGACACAUUUUAUUGCCAGGUCCAGCAGAGCUGCACUAAUUUUGGGUAAAAUGUAUUAAAAAAAAAAAAAAAAAAGGAAAAAGGGGGAAGCACCACUGUGUUAAAUCAAAAGCCAGAUGAAACAACUAUGCCAGCUGAGCGCAAGAUAAGGGGGUCUAUAGGAGGGGAUAUUUUUGCAUCAUGCUGUGGAACCCGUUGUUGCCUGCUGGGUCACAUGACUGCAAACCUGAGACCAAACUGAGGCUGUGGAACAGGAUUUAAGAAGUCAUCAGAGCAUUAAAAUGUGUCACCUACACACACACACACACACGCACACACACACACAGAAUACAUUACAGGGUGGACUCUGCUUUCCCUCUGCUCCCAGGGUGCCGAGCGGCAGGCGUCAUCACAGCAGAGAGACAAAGCGUCAGCACUGUUACUGCGCCUGUUGUACAUGGAAGACUGUGAAACUCCAGAUCUUGGCCCUUUGUAGCGAUAACCGAUAUUAUGCUUUUUAUAUAUAUAUCUAAAUAUACACAGCCUUUCUCGCUUAAUCUCUUUAUUUUCAUGCUUUCUUCUUCUUCUACACUUCUUUUCACCCUUUUCUUCUUCUUCUUCUUCUUUGCCUCCCUCCACGUCUGAAUGGAGAGCAGAGAUAUCUGAGAGAAGCAAAUAAAAAAGAAAAAAGAAAAAAAAAAGCGGGGCUGUGAUGAAUCUUUUCUGUGAUAGUGGCGUGCAGUCCUGAUGAGACAGUGAAUAAUAAUAAUUCACCCCCAUCUAGAAAGGCAUGAUUGGUUUUCCCCAUUGUUCUAGCAGGAAAUAUUAGUGAUUGAUUCUGUGUGCCAAAAAAAUGUGAUUCAGUUUGCAAUUUUGUACCAUUGUGUGUCCUCUUGAACACUGCGCACAUUUCACUCUUUAUAACUCUGUGUAUGCCUGUGAGUGUGUGAGUGUGCAUGUGCGUGUGUGUGUGUGUGUGUGUGUGUGUGUGUGUGUAUCCAACUUUGGCAUACGAUUACUGUCUCUGAAGAAGUCAAAACUCAAACAAACCAAAGUGAAUCAUAUAUAUAACGGAGUUCACAAUCCCAUAAAGCUGUUUGCUUCCGAUGAUAAUCCUGUGCAAAUGUUGUUUUUUUUAACUCCUCCGUGUAUCCAUCGCCUCCUUCUCUCGACAGCUGGUGGUUUUUUGUUUUUGUUGAGAAGCAGGUCAAUGUUCGCUCAGGAUGCGCAUUACCCGACCCAAUUGACUUAAUCCAGCAAGGCGGAAAUGUGGAAAUAUGAACCCCCUUCCUGCUGUCCCAUACUGCUCCACCCUUAAAGCUCAUUCUGCUCUGCAAAAGCAGCCACUGGAACAAUUGGUAAGCAGGCAGGGCAGUAGAAACAGUAGUUGGUAAACAAAAAAACAAACAAAAAAAAAAAAAACCUCAUCCCUCACCAUAACUGCCAAAAUAAACCUGAUAGAAAAUGGGGAAUUGGUUGCGCCGGCUGGGUCACGGUUGAUAGGGUCAGGGCCACAGAUGAGUGGGUGCAGGAGGCGGCCAUGUCUGACAUUUUUCAUCAGACGAGUCGGUCAGACAAAAAAUGCCGCAGCAGAGACAAAAGAGACAGCAGGUAGUCUCCAGGACUCCCAACCAGAAAAGUGACAGAGCCGGAAGGUUCCCGCGUUCGUCAUUUACUGAAGACGUAAUCUGCGAGAUCCGUGUUAUUCGGAACUUUGAAAACAUUAUUUGGUGAUAAAAUGCAGUGUUUGAAUUUACAGUCAGGUACAGGCUCAACAUACUGUAAUAUUGAAGACAUUCAGUGCAUACAAAUCCAGAGGAAAAAGAGGCCAGUUUGCAUUAUUCCUCAUGAAUCCUACUCACAUGGGAGUUGCUUUAAAAAUCUGAAGGACAAUUUUAUGGCUCAGAGACGGUUGCUUUCCUCUCUGGCAUGUUUAACUGUCUGCAGAACGAUCGAUCAGCUUUUUACCUCUUUGGAUUUUCUGUUGAUGGAGUUUCUGACAGUUUUUCACGGUUGAUGCUCGUGUCCACAACUUAUUUUUUUUAAUUGGAAAACGACAUAACAGAUCAUAACCAAAAUAUAGAGUGGAUCUCUAUUAUAUGAUAUCAACAAAGAUAUACGUAUAAUCCUGCAUUUUAACCCAAGCCUGCGAGUAGUCAUCAUGCCACAAAACAUCUAGAACCAAAUAUUUUUGCAAAGACACGUGGAUGAUUCAAAAAAUUCGGUGACCGAGCAGACGGACAGGGAUCAACCUCACCUCUCAGUGUCUUACCACCAACCAUGACGCUGCCAAAUGAGAUCUAAAUUUAGGGAUGACCACUCAGUGACAACUCAUGCUGCUCCACCGUGCCAGGUCCUGGCUGCAGCAGCGUGAAGCUUUUUCAUCUCUAUUUCUCCUAUUUUUUCCUCCUUCCUGGCUGAAUGGAAGUCAAAUGAAGAGUGGAGGUGCAAUUGGUCUAAUUAUAGGAAUCAAACCCAAGUUAGAGGGUGCAGUGGUUCAUCGGUGCAUUGAUCAGCAGCAGCAGCAGCAGUAGGAGCAGGAACAGAGCCAGUCAAGCAUGCAACCCGAAGGUGUUAACGCUUGUGCUGAAUAUGCUUUGGCUUCGUGACCUGGAGUUAAUGAGUGAUAUUACUCAAUGGUGUUUGCAGAUGCAAUAUUUUGACUGCAUCUGUCACUAAGUGGGGGCCACAAUAGAGGAAAGUGAGACCUGUCCCUCUUGCCACUUGAACACUUUACAUCCCAAAGUUAGUGAUCUUUUCCCUCUUUUGCCCCUUUGAUUUACUUUGCAGUCACAGACCAGCGAGCAGGGGAAGUGAAUCAAUGCUGAGGCAUUGAUCCCCCAGGUCACGUCCCCGUUUGAACAGGGGUUUUUGCCCUAAGCAACCAAUGAGAACCGCUAGUCAACAAUGAUCCCUCACUGGCUUCCCACCCACAAAGCAAUGCUUAUUGAGCUCUCUCCGGAGUGUGAACCUCUUUAGCUCCUGCGUCACCUGAGCCACCACGCUACAGGACUCACCUCCCACAGCACUGGUGGAGAGGAGAGUUCUGAAUGAUGGUCGAGCUAACGUUGAGUCAGGGAGUUAACUCACGGGCCCAAAGAGUGGCAAAGUCUCCCAACGCGUCGAAUUAAUAAGGGCACAGAGAAAAGCAAACAGUGAGAGUAGAAUAAAGGUAGAAGAAAGAAGAGAGAUUUUAAUUUUAAUGAAAUGUCUCAAAACGAGAUGGAGGAAAAGCUGGAAGGCAAACACCUUGAAAAGUCACCCACCUAAAGUACAAGCGGUGAUAAAACUGAAUAAUAGAAAAGUUUAUACUCCCACUAAAGAAGAAGAAAGAAAGGAAGAAAGAAAGAGGCAGGUAACAGAGAGGGCGCUGCAGUCAGAUAUGUGGAUAGGAUGCUUCUCUCUUGAAUUGGCUCAAAUACAAAAAAAAAGUAUCUCCAUUCAACAGGAAAUCAAACUCUCUCGUUCAGCAGAGCAGCCAGCCGCCGGGAGAAACAACGCGCAGUGGUAUAUCUACAAGGAAUAUUCAAUAUGAGACAGAACAGGAGCUGUACUGGGACCAGUGGCUGGGGGGUGGGGGGGGGUUAUGAGUUCUCACUGUGGUCUUUAAUCACCGAAACCCAGAGAAACGUGGAAGAGCUUUGGUGCCGCGACAGAGACUCAAGAGUGGCACGCAAAGACUGAAAAGGGACCUAAUGUCAACACUUGAUGGGCUUUGAAUUAUUGAUAUUGCAAAACGCUGGCGGUGAACGGAACGUGAGCUCAAACAGCUCCAUUUAGAAAAGCUGUGAAUCAGAGACUGUUGGCACACACACACACACACACACACACACACGAAAACACAAGAACUCCUCUGUCCAUUGAUUUCAUGUUACUACAGUAUCGUUACCCAGACAUGCAGACUCUCAGACUAUUGAUCAUUGAUGCAGCAGCUAAGCAGAUUCUCAAAUCAAUCACUGAUUCCUCCAGACAGAUUAAGCAUUUCUAAUAUGGACUGGAACAUAUUUGUCUGGAAUAUGUAUCUCCUGUCGAGUUGAGUAUUUUUUUUACGCUCAUUUAAAAGUUGAAGAUGUGAAGCAUGGAUUGUUCUUGAUGUCGGUCUGAAUCAAGACAGUGCCGUUGUCUGUAAAUAUUCAUCUCUUGCUGGGGAAGUAGUGAAGAGAGACUCUUUUUCUUUCCCUUAAAUCGCUACAGAUAAAAUGCAGUAUACUCUUUUCAUUAACGAAAAGAAAGAGCAGCGUUGCCAUGAUCAGAAAGUGGGAUAUGUACAGUACAUCAGAGAUGACACUAAAGGGCUCAAACACAAGCUACAUUUUUACCAGAUUUUCCUCCGCGCUUUCCUUUUUUUAAAAUCCUUUACCGCUGCCGCUCGCUGGACUUGAUAGCGUUGUACACACUACAGCCUAUGAAGAACAGCAUCUGUAUGAUCAAGAAAUGAAUAUAUCACUAUAUUAUCGAAGGGUUUUUUGUUUGGUUUUGUUUUUAUUUGUCAGCUACGUUUACGACUUUGUAUGGCAUCAGUCUUUAUGCGCAAUGUUUUUCACCGGUUAUACGGAGCUGUCUACUUACGCACACGCAGACAGAGGAGGUGCAGUGUUUGUUGUCCAGUGACGCUCAACAUCUGUUUUUAAACAGGGUUUGCUCCUAUGGUGUGCUUUAUACAGUAUGUAUGAUUUUGAUCAUAAACCUAUAUUGAAUAUACCUGCUGUUAGCAUUACGAGAAGGAUAUCAAUCACAGUAGAUGUGGAAAAACAACUGUGGUUGCUGACCUCUGCUACGGUUCAGAGCCAACAGAUUUUCCAUUUCCUUUGAAGAAUCAAUAAGCUAUUUGCGAUAUGAAUACUAUCCGUUAGCAAGCAUAUCCUUUUAUAGAAUAACUCAUUGAUUAACUGAUUUUUGGUGUUAAUCAUGCAUUACAUACAAAGUUAUAUGAGAUCCAAUUUUCUAUUUUUGAUGUCCAGACCAGUUUGUGGUAUUUAUGCAUACGUGUAUAUGGAUACAUAUGGCCCCAACACUGCAUUUAUGCGUGACUAGUAAAGCAUAUUUUCUAUGGUAGAGCCCAUCUCCCACUAUUGUUUGCACAGUAGCUUAUAAUAUGCACCGUGAUGCCCCAUUGUCCUUUUACUGUUUACUCACUUUAUAAUUUGUGAUAUUACGUUAUGAAAAAGCUGUAUUUUGGUACUAUUCAAAUAUUGUUAGAAAAAGAGGUAUAGCAGACGUUUUGUCCAAGAAAUAUAUUACCAUAGUGUUGCUAUGAAUUAGUCUGUUUUCCUUAUUUUGGGGAGGGAUGACAGGGAUAUUUUUGUUCUUCUUUUGUUGUUGAUUUGCAAUCUGACAGUAUAUCACCAUUGUUCUAUAUACGACUUUCUUACGUGGCAAUAAAAGAUGACUUCUGUAAAAAAAA